CAGUAGCCUCUAGUCCAUCCGAUUUCGCGUCCCCUCGAACAGAACAGAGGAGGAGCGGAGCCAUGGCGGGGAUCCUGGCGUGGGCGGCCGACGUGGUCGGCGGCGCCGGCGACAGCGACGACGAGGCCGCCGCCGAGCGCGAGCGCGCCGCGGCCAUGACCCCGGAGCAGCGGCUCCGCGCCGCCAACCUGGACGCGCGGGCAUCGUCGCUGCGGCGCGCGAUCCAGGACCUGCGCGCCCGCGUGCCCCCGCCGAACGUGGCGCAGCGGCUGCCGCACCUGCACGCCCACUCGCUCGCCUCCUCUGCCGCCCUCGCACUCCAGCUCAACGCCCACUCCUCCACCAAAGAGCAGGCACUGCAUAGAGAGGUGAAAAUUCAAGAGGAAAAUACCGCCUAUGAGAAGGCGAUAUCCGAUUGCCGCCAGAAAAUUCAGGAGAAGCAGAUGGAGGCUGCUGUGCUCCAGAGUAAUUUGAAGGAAAUGGAAAUUGCAGAGCUGGAUUUAAAGGCAAAGGUUGACAAUGCUAUCAUGGAGCAAGAGGCUGCUCAACAUAAAGCAUCAAUGGCUGCUUCGGAAGCUACUGGAAAUGCUCUGCUAGAAGCUGAAUCGUUGAUGAAUCUCAAGUCUAAAGACUUGGAAGAGAAGAAGGGGGAGUUGAAAUUAUUGGAAGACAAGAUACAAAGAUUGGAGAAAGUAUGGUCCUCGGUUGAAGAAGAAUCUUUGAAAAAUCCAAGUCCUGCCCAGAGGGAGAAGGUACUGGAGAAACAAUUACAUAGCCUCAUUGAACAGUUGACAGCUAAACAAGCUCAAGCUGAAAGGCUCAUCACUGAUAUACAUGCCAAAGAAAAGGAUCUGGAAAGGUUGAACAGUAUACAGAGAAAUCUUCACAGCGGCUCCAGCGAAGCAGGUGCAGCACGGAACCGGUUCGGCGGAGGGCUUCUGAGCGGGGAUGAAGAUUCUGGCUCCAAAGCUGCCCGGAGACCCGGCCAAUCCGGUGGUUUUAGAACAGAAGGCCAGAAAAGGCUCAUGAUUCUUAGGUCCGCUUUUGUUCUCUAUAUCUUGGUACUGCAUGUUGUCGUCUUCAUAAAGAUAUCAGUUUCGAACUAGGUAGCAUACAAAACACAAGUACUAUACCCUUGUGUAAAUAGCACAUGUAAAAUUGAUGGUGGCUGUAUUUCUUGGAGUUGAACUUGCAGCCCCUGAGUUUGGGCCUUGUUUUAAACUAGAGCAAGUGAUGAGCGCAUCGAUGUGAUCCCUGUUGCUGACUAUUUUCCGAGGAUAAGAUUUCAUGUUUACUUGCCCA